AGUUUAGGCAAUAUUAACAAGUGGUGAGUGAGCUCUACGCUGAUAACGUAUAAUGUGGCAACAACACUGCACCAAUCAACAAUGACAAACGUCAAAAUAUCCUCUUGGCGUCAAUUUCAAAACGUUGAUAUUGUAAAAACAUGUCCUUAUUUCGGAACUACAGCACGCAAUACACUAAAUAAAUGUUAAUUAAAGCUAGAAAUACGUGUUUGGACGCGAGCGGACGACGUCGGUGUAUAUAGCUCUUAUCGCCUUUUUAUCGAGCGAUGGACGCUAAGUUGUGUGUGAUAUUGUUAUUAUACAACGGGUUUCUUAUGUGCGAGUCUAAGUACGGAUAUGUGUUAUGGGACGAUAACAAUGUGACGGUGAAGCUGACGGACUACUUCGCCGACAUACCGGACGCGCACGUCGCCCGAGCUACCUACAGCAAUGAGAUCAACACCACUGGCUGGGCUUUCCUGGAGAUCCACACGUCGGAGGACAGCUCUGACGAGAACCAGGCGUACGCCGCCGGCUACCUGGAGGGAUACCUCACCAGGGACCUCGUCUGGAUGCACUGGCAGAACAUGCUCAAGGGAUAUUGCUAUAACAAGACUGAUGUGUGCGGCCUUAUUGAGGAGUUUGUGGAUCAAAAUGAGGAGUAUGUGACGUCCAUGGUGGACAUGUAUGGGUACGACUCAUACUGGCAUCAGAUAAAGCUGUACUUCAUCCAGAUCGAGGGUCUUGCAGUGGGGUACAACGCGGCCACCAAGGACCCCUACCAGUGGCUCACGACCAGAGACAUCAUCUGGAUCAACAUGCUGGGCGACUUGGACGAGCUUGCGUUUGCUUUAUCGAUGCCUAAGACGUCGCCUGACGGCUACCUGUUCGGGGACCACUGCACCGGUCUCGUCAAGCUGCUGCCGGACCUCACCAACCUGUACACUGCACAGGCCACGUGGAACAGUUACCAGUCGAUGUUGCGGUUCCACAAGAUGUACGUGAUGCCGGUGCACAUGAGCCCCAGCAACAAGGAGCGCAUCCCCGGAUACAAGAUGUCGCUCACCUCGUACCCCGCCUUCGUGCAGUCCACAGAUGACUUCUACAUCAUAUCGUCGGGGCUGGUGGCCGGCGAGACCACCAUCGGCAACAGUAACCGCACGCUUUUCGAACUAGUCAAGCCUGUUGGACAGAUCCUGGAGUACGCGCGCGCGAUGGUCGCGAACCGCAUGGCGCGCACCGGCCGCGAGUGGGUCGAGAUAUUCAGGAAACACAACAGCGGCACCUACAACAAUCAGUGGUUCAUAGUGGACUACAAAAACUUCAAGCCGAAACGCGGUCGCUUCCCCGGGCUGGUGCAGGCUGGCCUGCUGUGGGUCAUCGAGCAGCUGCCCGGCUACACAGAGUGUGCUGACCUCACGGAGGAGUUAAAGCGCACGUCAUACUUCCCGUCGUACAACAUCCCGUACUUCCCGCGCGUGUUCAACCUCAGCGGCGGCAACGUGCGCAUCGCCACCUACGGGGACUGGUUCGGGUACCACACCAACCCGCGCGCCAAGAUACUGCUUCAGAAACAGGCGAGUAUCCACAACCUGCGCGACAUGUACAACACGAUGCGCUACAACGACUUCAAGCACGACCCGCUGGCGCGCUGCGAGGCCUGCAAGCCGCCCUACAGCGCCUGCAACGCCAUCGCCGCCAGGAACGACCUCAACCUCGCCAACGGCACGUACCCGUUCCGCGCGCUAGGCCACCGCAGCCACGGCGCGACGGACGCCAAGAUCACGAGCGCCUACCUGUGGCGCAGCUACCGCUUCCUCGCCAUCUCCAGCCCCACGCACAACAUCUCCCGGGGGAUCCCGCCCUUCGCAUGGAGUAAGUUCGACAUGGGCCCUCACGUGUCCCACGUGGGCCACCCCGACGAGUGGAUGUUCGCCCCCAUGCUACACGACUGGGAGUGGGAGUAGAUAUGUACCUUGUCACCUCGCAUUAAGGAUCAAUUUACCUCGCACAUAGUUUUUUAACUAUAAGAAUCUUAUGUUCUAAGGCAUAGGUCGUUUUUCUGUGUAUUUGACUGUGAUAUUUGCUAAAUUGUACCAUUAUGUUUGAUACCUGCCUACCCAUCAUGACGUUAAAUUGCGUGAAGGUACCUACUGCCUUCUCGCCUUGUGUAGUAACUAUUUUUACUAGUAAUAAUGCUACAUAAUUAUUUAGACUAACUAAUUAACUUUUAGUCACUAGAUUAUGCUCGUGAAGCCUCAGAUGUAAUUCAUACAUAGGAAAUUAUGUCAACCGC